GUCCCACGGCAUUGAUAUUUAUCGGGGUGAAAGUUCUAUUAAAACGUACGAUUUCGUUACGAAACGCACUGCAAACAUUCAAGGAUAACUGUGUACCGAAAGUUGCCCGAGACACGGCAAGGCAAAGGAGACAAAAGUGGGCUACAUGUGAAGUAAUCACGCAAGAGGCAACAACAGCAGUAAAAACAUCUAGACUUGCAAAAAGCAGGAAAAAAAAAAACGGCCUAGCCACUAGCAGCCACAGCAACAGCAAUCCGAUACUUUCGAAGCAGCUGCCGCACAUAAGGAGUGUUUUUUCACUACGGUUCACUUUCGAGGGAAGCAAAAACUGAAAGCAGCAUACUUUGAAUUGCGAGUGCUAAAGCUAACUAGCAUAGCCCUCUCUAGGUCAUGUCAUGUCAGCAAGCAUCCAGAACCCAGGAGGAUCCGUACGCGUUCACGGAAUCGGCACCAUUGCAGGCAAACUCACUGGUGUACGCAAAUCACUCGAGUGCCGUUAGCAAUAGCAGUAUCAAUAAUAGCACCAGCACCAGCGGAAAUGCACUCGCCGCCAACUCCAAUACGACCAUCGUCUCAUCCGGGGCCAGUUUGUUGCUCGCGACAUCCGUCUCGAAUGGCAAUGCUGCGAAGGAUAAUGUUGUCGUGACCACCCCAUCCCAGCAGCUACGGGUCGGGUCAUCACCGACACUAAAAGUUCGCUACAAUGGCGUAGUAGCGACUACGCCAGCAACAGCCGUGGCAGGUGUGCAGAGAACGUCCUCAGCUGUUGCGGUAACACAACCAUUUACGAAACCAGCUGUGCAGAUACGGCAACAGCAGUCUCCGCUCCAAUACACCGUAGCUCAGUCCCAGCAACCGAUGGUUACUGUCGGGAAGCAGUCUAAGAAGGUAGCCCCGCAGCAGAAAUCACCGAUGGUUACCGCGGUCGUAGCCAGUGGGCCCAAAGUGGUAUCUCCGCUGCAGCAGCAGCCGCGAGUUUUACAGCAACAAUCGACCGUCCUGUCGACGGCCGGUGGUUCCAUACUGAAGUUCAUCAAAAUUCCUCCCCAACAGCUGGGCAAAGGCGUGUCUGCUAGUGGUACACUGCCCCAGGGAAGCUUCAUUCAGGUGACCACAAGCGGUACCGACGGGGCAAGGAAAUUACUGGCAACAACCGGUAACACUGGAAUGAAUACAAACUCGAUUUCGGUGACAAAUACCGCAACACCGGCUGUCAUCACUACGGCUAAUCGGAAUAUCUCGGGUGUUCCGACGGUUCCUUCAGUUUCACCGACAAAAAUUCGGCUUAUUCAACCACAGUCUCAGGGUAAAAUUUAUCUGCAAGCGCCAAACAACGGCAGCCUGUCAGGGACUACUCACAUUUCGAAUCCGAUAAGUAUAGCAGCACUGAGAAACUCGCUCGUUAAACAACAACAGCAGCAACAGGUUACUCAGUUGCAACAGCAGGUCGUACAAGUUCCACCACAAUCACUUGGGCAACAACUGAAGCAACAACAAAUCAUCCAGCAAUCCCCAUCGCGAUCACAGCUUCAGGGAACGCAGCAGGCAUUGCAACUGCAACAAACUCAACAAUCUCAGCUGCUUCUUCAGCAAACGAAGCAAAAACAAGCGCUGAGUAAUGCCAUCGCUUUUCAGAAUCAGCAACAGUUUCAAACAAAGCAGGCUCCAAAGCCGUUGCUACAAGCGUCCUCGACUAUAUCCCUGCAAUCGCAGCAAAAACAAGAAGGAGUCGUUAAUUCAUCGACCCAAGGCCCGACUCAGCACGUUAGGCAAGUUCAAUCGCAAAAAUCAGCUUUGCAAAUAAAUCACUCGUCGCAGGCAGUGCAAAUACAGCAACAAAAACAGUCAUUGCUGGUGCAGCAGCAGCAGCAGCAACAGCAACAGCAGACAAAACAACUGUCGUCUCCUCCACAGCAACAACAAGCAUCGCAGCGAAAGCAACUACAGUUGCCACAAACGAAAGGAGGGCGCCAGGGAACGCAGCAAACACCGCCGAAACCUUCUGGAUCUUUAUCCUCGCCAGGUUCCUCUCCGAUCAUGACGGGCGUAGCGAAUGGAUCACUCCUUGUAAAGGUGAACAGUAGCCCGGUCGUUGGCGCCGUAAAUACGACGGGGGUGAGCAAAACUGCAACUUUGCUCGACAAUCAAGCACUACCGUCGGCACGACGCUCCUCCGGGCAGCAAAGUUUGCUGAUCGGAGCAGCCACGGAGAAAGUGUUAUCACAGCAACAGACGCUGGUGACAAACAGUGCUGCUGCUGAUAGUACGCUGUCGCGCAGUCCAUUGAGCGUGAUGGUGUCCGAGGCGAAAAAGGAGAUAGCUGCAAGCCCUGCCGACCAUGUCUUCGGAUCGAUUAACGAACAAGCCAGUAGACUGGAGGCGAACGUCGUGAACGAACGGAACGGUGGUGCGAAGAUAAAGCAACAGUCCGGUCGAAAGUCGGUUACCAAAACGACUGCAAAGCAGCCGAAAGCCGGCAAGCGUACGUACAAUCAACGUUUGGUCGAAGAACGGCAGGGAAAACCAAAAUGCGCUCCAUUGCCCACUUCACUCGUGAUGUCAUUAGGCAGCGUUCCGGGCGCGGCAGCUAGUGGACCUGAACCCGAAUCGUUUCAGGCUGCGUUUGCAAAAAUGGCGCGUCCCGCGGCUCCCGAAACGUACCGUGGUGGGGUAGAAUGCAAACCCGCGUUCUCCUCCUCCUCCAUGCCCACCCCAAAGUCAACAAAAGUGAAGAAGGAAAGCGCUCGGAAACUGUUCGGUGCCGAUUGCAAUCAGCAGGACGGCGGUGAGAUGAAACCAGUGAAGCUGAAGUUUGUCGCUCCUAAGGUUCCGGGUGCGGUCGCCGUGCCAAUAACUCGUCCCAAGGUGAGGGAAUGGCAUGCACCAGGCGCGUACAUGUUCGAUCUGAAGGAUCCGGGCGAUGAGUCGGACGACGACGUGUACGAAGAGCGCCCCAACACGCUCUCCUUCUGGUACGAGGAAUCGAUAGCGAUCACCGCCGUACCCAACAGUACGACAGGAUGGGGAAUGAAUCCGCGGCAGGCGAGUGGUAUGCGAGGUGGCAGGAACAACAAACACACGGACAGUUUGCACGACGUCAAGUUCCAGAUACGUAUGUUGACGCGCGACGAACGGCUGGAGCUGAAAAAGGCCUACCUACAGCGGCGGGUGGUCCAGUGUCGCAAUGGGCUGCGGAUGCGACACAUUUCAACCGCGAAGAGGAAGCUCGAAUCUAUGGCUACGCUGAUCAAAAGGUUGGAUAAGCGGCGACAGCAGGCGAUGACCCAGGAAAGCGAAAAGCCGAAGUGCAUCCACGAAGGCUGUGGUCAGUCUGCUCUCGUUAUGACGUCGCACUGCUAUAAUCACAUAACGGAAAACAAGGACCAGCGCCUGUUCCAGCGUUGUACUGCCAAGUUCGCAGACAACAGUCAGUGCAGGCAGCCGGUGUUCGACAUCAGCCACGAGCUGGUGCUGUGUAAGGAACAUGCUUGGAAGCACGACAAUCACGACAAGAUGUCACAGGAGGUGCGCUCGCAGAAGAAAUCGCCUUCGGUGGCCGCGGCCGUUUUGGCAGCUACGACUGUGACAUCGGGCGCUCCUACGAGCUCGACCCUGAUUGCGUCUCGUAAGAAGGUAAAAUCCGCUCCUCCAGUGGUUGUGGUGCGUCCUCAAAAGCGACCGAAAAAGAAGAAGAAGCUGUCUCCACUACAACAGCAGUUGCAGCUGCACCAGCAGCACUACAAACAGUUUGUUACUGUCAACCAACAGCAGCAUGCCCAUUGUGUACCUCCAAACCAGACGGCUAGUGUACAGGGUAAUGUGGUCGUUCAAUCACCUGCCAACAUCGUUUACCAGCAACAGCAGCAGCAACAGCCGCUACAUCAGCAACAACAGCAGCAGCAACUGCAGCAGCAACAGCAGCAGCAACAGCAGCAGCAACAGCAGCAGCAACACCAGCAGCAACACCAGCAGCAACAGCAGCAGCAACAGCAGCUACAGCAGCAACAACAGCAUCAACAGCAUCAACAGCAGCAACAACAGCAGCAACAGCAGCAGCAACAGCAGCACCAUCAGCAACAGCAGCACCAGCAGCAACAGCAGCAACAGCAGCAACAGCAGCACCAGCAGCAACAGCAGCACCAGCAGCAACAGCAGCAACAGCAACAGCACCAGCAGCAACAGCAGCAACAGCACCAGCAGCACCAGCACCUACAACAUACGCAGCAUAAAGCGAUGGUUAAUGCUACGUAUAAUAAUAGAAUGGUUCAACCCCUGCUAACUGUAGAGCACACGGUGCCGGUUUAUGAGCAUGAUAGGCGGCCGUUCGUGGCAAAUGGUGGAAUGGUGGAUUCUGUUCCGGUCAAACAGCAACAGAGCAACACGAUGGUCCUGCACCAAAACGUCCCGCUCAGCAACGGAGUUCAGCACAUUCCGCUGAUGAAUGCUGACAACAGCCAGUCACACGGUAUCAUCGGAUCGACGGUAUAUCAUGCCCAGCAAGACGACACUCCAAUGCAGCUUGUCGAUCAUACGUUACAGCAACAGCACAGCCAAGAACACGAAAUCCUCAAGCUAGACCACCACCAUCAGCAGCUGCCCGAUGAACAGCUGAUGCUGAACUACAUGCAAGAACAGCAACUACAGCUCCAACAGCAGCAGCAUCAACACCACCACCAGCAGCAGCAGCAAAAGCAGCAAAUGCUUCAACAACAACAACAACAACUGCAAUACAACAACGGGCCGCACUCGAUGCAGCCCAUGCUGAACACAUCCACCAACCAGGAUCUGCUGACGAUCUGUGAGAACAGUUCCGCCUAUGCAAGCUCCGAGGAUACCGGCGUCGGAGGCUUAUCGGAAUCAGAACUGAUGGCAACGCAAGAAGUGAUAGAGGAGAUUAUACCGUUCGAAAUCGGUAACCUGCUCAACACCAAUGUGCUCAGUCAGCUGGCACCGGACGCAUUGAACGAGCUGCUGUUUGCUAGCGGCGACCAAGAAGAGCACGACACGAGUACGGCGUUCGAGGGCACGACCCGCGAAGUUGAAGACGACAUCGAGCGUGCUCUGGAGCACGUGAAAUCGCUCGACGAUAUGGCGGUCGAGUCGGCCAACUUUCUGGGCGAUUUCCUCGAGAAUGUCGACGACGAGAUGCUGGACGGUGCGGACAUUUGCAGUACCGAGCAGAUGCUGCAAUCGCCGAACAACGGGAACGACAUUCGGGGGCUAGUGCAUACGCUUGAGCACGAUACUAGUAUUUUACCCUAUUCAACGAGAGCAUCUUAAAAUACCGGUUGACACACUAAAGUUCACGGCAGGAAGUUUUUUUGGCGUAUGUUUCGAAGGUAAGAUCGAUAAAGAAAAUAUGGUCUCUUGCGUAGUUUGAUGGUAUUUUGUUUUAAGUAACUCCAGUGUUUAGCAAACAACGAGAACUCAACAAGAGGUCCUUUCACGUUCGCAGUAUGGUGUAAGUUAAAAGAUCAAAAACUUAGGAUUCUCUUCAUGAUGCGAUUCGUUGGACGGUCCUCGUCCUGGAAAAUCUCGCGAAUAGAUGGACAGGACUUCAUAGCAUUUAAUCUAAAGUUACGAGAAGGGAUUAAAGGAGUACCUUACUCUUUAUACGCUUUCUACUUUACCUAUAGUAACUAAACUAUGACUCUGCGGUGCAGGUAGCUAAUGCUCAUAAGAAAAAGCUAGCUGCUGCCCCGUAAAGAGCAAUGAUGCAAAAUCUAUUGUACAUAUAUAAAUAGUAACGUAAAGUAAUAUAUAGGUUUUAAUUAACGAAAUUAAUAUCUGUACCUGAAAACAAAAACUGAAAUUGAAGUAAAAUGUAAAUGGCGCCCACCCAUAACAUGGUGAUUGCCGUUUUCGGUUUGCUUCAAUUGCUUUGUUCAUAGAAAGCACGUCACAUCGGAGGAUCAGAAGACUGUCGGGGAAGAAGUCUGCGAAUGUCUAAUCGGCAUAUAUAUUUUCAUUCAUUUCGUAACGUUCGGACUCUUAGAAGGUGAGAAUUUGCCAGUUCUAGAGUAAGAGUAACCGUUGUCAUAUAAAGCGAUAGCGCAUAAAGGAACCACUUAGUGUGAACGUUCAAAUAAAGUGCAGGAGCGCAAUAUGAACGUAGCGUACUCUACUUCUUGUUACUUUUAAGUAGCAAAAAUCCACAAAGCAAACGAAAAACUGUACUAACGAAUCGACAUCAAACACUAGCACUGGGGAGUUUAAUCAUAAACAUAUAUGUAUGUAAAAUUAUCGUGAAAAUGACUUACUAUCAUGUAGUGAAUGUAUGACGAAAAAAAAAACACAUGAAGUUAUUGGUCUGUAAGC